AAUACCUGGUAUAUUGGCUGAGAACAGCUACAGAAGUAGUCAUAUUCCAACCAUUCAUAAUCAUGUCGAAAUUUGUGCUAAUCUUGGUCUUCUGCUCCUUGUGUUUGCUUCAAGUCCAGGCAGAUCGCAGGAUUUGCGAGCAGCUAACUCGCGUCUGUGAGAGAAAUGAGCCGAGGAUCGGCAUUGAAGAUGAUGUCACCAAAUAUUUGAACGUCGAAUGCAGAAGAAGAGAUGUCAGAUGGAAAAACAUAACUCGUUGUCAACUGGAACGCGCUGCCUGCGAAUUAUCUUUGGUGGAGUGUGGAGAAUUGAGCUGUGCCAAUAUUGUCAAGGUAUUACGACGUUGAAUAAUUAAUAGAUCAAAUUGUGUAAAAUGUGAAAAUCAAUUAAAAUACAGCUGUUAACAACAUUA